UUGGCUGUUGAAUGUAUUGACUAUCUGAACCAGAAUCAAUCCAGAAUCCUUAAAACCCAAGACUGUAGUCAAAGGACAGCGCCUGGCAACAAAGACCCUGGACCUCACGGCAGCCAGUGUGACAUCCAGACAGUGCUCAACUCCGUUCCGACUACCAACAGCAGCAUAUUAGCCUCAGAUGACAGCUCUGUCCUCCAACUCUUUCAGGACAAGUUCCUUCAGUUCAGUGUUGAAAAAUUUCAGGAGUUGAAGGCCCAGGCCAGUGCCUUGAGGAGCUCCAGGGGAAUGAGGGUCUGGAACACGGCAUGGCUCCGGUGCCAGGAGGCCCGGCAGUUACUUCAGGAGAGGAUGCAGGAUGUCACUGACAAGGUCUUCAACGGUCAACCACAGUGUCGUGGGUGUUGCGGGCAUCAUUAUGUGGAUGUUGCCAGCACUCAGACAGCACCACCUGGUAGUGUGGCGGUACAGUCAACACCAGGGCCACAACAUCCACAGUGGGCGAACAUUGUGUCAGGGGCAGUGGAUUUUGAGAAACGAAGACCAAUCCUGGCCAAGAGCAACACAACUGAAGCGGAAUGUAAAAUUACCAUCAAACCUGAAGAUAAAAGUGAUCAUGGUGGCGGCCAGGGGUCAAAGGUCACACCAAGGUCAUCUCAAAGGUCAGCAAAGAAAGCGGAACGUGAGACCAAGAGGAACAGGGCAAAAAGUGAUCGUGACGCCGCCGCUGUAUCUCAGCCUCACACCGUCGGCUGCCAGUGGUUUCCGUGGGGACGAGGCCUGCGAGCCAAGUCCCAAGAUUCAUCUUCGACAGCGAUAGGGGCGCCUGAGUCUUCCACACCUGUUGAGGAGCAUGUUAGACCAUCGUCCUCCUGCUCCCACCAUGGUCAGCCAUCUUGUCGGAUCCUCCAAGAGGCUCAGAAAUUUCAGCUCUCCCGCCACGGAACCUUUUGCUCCGAGGGCUCCUGCAAUCGGGGAGUUGCGGAGGACAACCGGGUUUAUCUCUGCAAACACUCCAGCCUGCCCAAUGGCAGGGGUGAAGGACCGUUUUGUUUGGAAAGGCCACAAGAGGGCGCCAACAGUGCUCUGCGCUUGCAGCAUGUCCUGGAGGAGGUGCUGUUCACAGAGCGGGAGUAUGUCCGCUCGCUGAACUAUAUCCUGACUCACUACCUACCCCUGCUGGACAGAUUGGACAUCCCCCAGGACCUCCGAGGCAAGCGUGCUAUUAUCUUCGGCAUCCUGCAGAAGCUUCAUGAUUUCCACAGCCACUACUUCCUGCCCGAGCUGGAGGCCUGCCACGGGGAUCCUGCUAUGGUGGCCCGUUGUUUUCUCACAAAUAGUGACACUUUUGGCCUUUACGCACUCUACAGCAAGAACAAACCUCAGUCAGACUCCCUGAUACUGCAUCGUCGCCAUGACAUCUUCAAGGUCAUUUGAUGUCUAACCAAAACAUGAGUUACAGCCAUUUAGUCUGGUAAAUGAUCAGGUUCCUUUAUUGUUGUGGUUAAAGCACAUGAAGAGAAAGCCACAAAAAAAGCACACAAAGAAACAUGAGGAACCAAAUGAUCUGAUUGGUCAACCGCGCGUGCAACAUCACAUGACCACAACCCUUCAUACCAUGUGACAAUUUAGGGGAACUUUUUAAGAAGUUUUGAGUCUUUGUGGUGCUUGACACACAAGUGCCUCCUCACUAAGUAUGUGAUUUGUUACA